AUGAAAGCACAGGAACCAGAUACCACUACGUAUGCUGCCGUGUUGGAGAGCAUCCGGACGUUUCUAGCCGUAUUCAUCCACAACAUUGCCUAUUACUUCAAUGUAUACCCCGCAGACGCUUUUCAACAGGUGCGUCAGUUCAACUCCGCGGUGUGGCUCUGUCGAGCACCAGUAGUCAAUGGAUACAUUGACGAGGCGAGCCACGAGUGCGUAAACCUGCUCAAGGACGGUAAAUGCGCCGCCGUGGCAAUAUCGAUUCACAACUCGGCUUCCAAACACGUUGCUACGAUACCAAUCAAGUUCAACAUUCCUGUUGUACCGGAGUCUGACCAAACAGUGCCAGUGACCGACGCUCCCACACUGAUCGAGGACCUCCAACUCGAAUUCAACGCGUUCUUCACACGUCUGGCUAACUACGGGCCAAAUUUCAACCCUUCCAAGUUGGAACAUACGUUCAAGAUCCAAUGUGAGCUGGAAGGACGCCAUACUCUGGAGGGCUGGAUAUCAUCAGAGGCUCAAAGUAGCAAACAAGUCCCAGGAUUGGAAGAUGUCGUGGUCAGAAAGAUCGAAACAGGACCCAUAGAGGUUGUUUCUUGGUUGGAAUAUGUGUAA